ACUAUCGUUAUCGGUUAUCGCAGCUAUCCUUUUAGAGAUAUUCUUGUUAGUAAGUGAGAGUGUCAGUUGGGUGAACUUGUGGUAAAGUCAGUAAGUGGCCUCUUAACUUGAUCAAAUAUACCAGAGGAAGGACAUCUAUAUCGUUAAAAGUCAACACACUUCUACCGGAGAAUCUGAAACGGCCUCUGACGAAAUCGAUAACCGUCCCAGAUCUGGGACCCACUUGCUAUACUCAAACACAGACAUCUACAGAGCAUUGACAAGUGGAACGUCGAAAUGUCCAUUAAAGAUACUGAGCGGAACUUGGUUCGGACUGAUUUGGAAGGAUAUGCACCAGCGUCCAACCUUGCUUUUAACGAGAGGAUCAAGAUUUUGAUUGAACAGGGAGAAAAGGUUUAUCAUUUCGCUUUUGGACAAUCACCAUUUCCAGUAAUAGAGACAGCAACGGAAGCUCUGAGGGAAAACGCUCAUCAAAACGCCUAUCUCCCCGUUGCAGGAUUGUUUGAGUUGCGAGAAAACAUCAGCAAAUUCCAUAGCAAGUUUGAUGACCUUGACAUUGACCCCAACGACAUUAUUGUGGGGCCGGGUAGUAAGGAGCUUAUAUUUCUUCUCCUUCAAAUAUUCAAUGGAGACGUGAUUGUGAUCUCACCAUCAUGGACGACCUAUAAACCCCAGACCAAGCUGGCCCAUCACAUUGCCUAUGUGAUAGAGACUAGCAUGGAAACUGACUGGAAAAUCACACCAGCACACGUCCAUCAGUUGAUCAAGGAAAACAACUUGAAGAAGAACCGACUGUUAAUCUUCAACAACCCAGAUAAUCCGACUGGAACCAGCUAUAAUCAGACAGAACUCAAAGCACUCAGUAAUGUCUUCCGUGAACAUGACAUCCUGGUGUUGAGUGAUGAAAUCUAUGGCCGCCUGCAUUACGAUCAGAAUCAUGUUUCUUUAGCAAAGGUAUAUCCAGAGGGAACAGUGUUAUGUACAGGGAUGUCAAAAUGGGCCAGUGCUGGAGGAUGGCGGAUUGGUUACCAUAUAUACCCACCUCAGUUGUCUCCACUGAAGAAGGCGGUGCAGAGUGCUGCUAGCCACACCUACUCCUGUGCCGCGGCACCCAUGCAGUAUGCAGUAUCAGAGACACUGAAGGACCUGGAUGGUUGUGAUGAGUAUAUGAAGCAUUGUUCCAGAAUCAUGGGAGUGGUGGGCAUGUACAGCCAUAGGGAACUGACUUCGGUGGGAGUUAAGGUAGUAAAGCCAGCAGCGGGCUAUUACAUUUUCCCUGAUUUUGAGGUUGUGAAAAAUAAACUGAGGCAGCGUGGGAUUGAGACAUGUCAGCAAAUGUGUGACGCCAUCUUUGCUGAAACAUCUGUAGCACUAAUGGCAGGUGGACCUGCUUUCUUGCGUCCGGUCGACGAGUUGACCACUCGUCUAUGCUUCGUUCCAUUUGAUGGUAAAGCCGCUUUGGCUGAGAGUCGGACACUUGGACUGGAUGUUGAGUUACCUACGAAUUUUGUAAAGGAAUACUGCACACCUGUGUAUGAUGGAAUACAGGUCUUGAAGCAGUGGGUAACAAAACAGUUGGAAUCCUAGAUGUACACGGCAUUCAACAUCUUGAGCACAGUACUGAUUUGGGAAAAUGACACUGAAAUAGCUAGAUUAAUCUUGACCCAACAUGGUUGCUGCAAAAUAUUCCUAUAGAUGUUUUGAACAAUGUUUAUUUUGAAAUUGUUAAAAUGCUUAUGAUGACCGACAACAGGUUUUUCAUAAUUUGUAACACAGUUCAAAUUUCCUAGAUAAAGAUAACAUUAUUUGUUGUAAAAGUAUCUUCUGUUUUUAAAUGUUCGUAAGCAAUAGAUUUAAUCAAAGGACAAAUCUAGGAUAUCUAGGUUAGCUGGAAACUUUCUUGUGACAUUUCAAGACUAUGCCAUAUCAUGUCGACUCAGUAAAGUGCAUGUACAUAUGUGUUUGAAAUCACUACUGUAAAAGAGGAAAAGUUUGAGGAGUGAAAAUGCUGAUGUUUAGCCGCACCGAGUAAAUUAGCAUGGAAAUAUCCACCUGCGUAUAUAUAAAGAUUAUAAAGACAAUAUAACGAUUUCAGGACCAAUGCAAUAGUUCCCAAACUACAAUCAGUUUAUAGAGACCAGAACAUCUUUACACACAAAAAUCGUGGGGGGUCGAGUGAUUAGGUGGAAGAAGGUUAGUAGCUAUAUAACAACAUAAGGAGACUGAUGUGUGUUCAGGCUUCAGCAGCUGUUUUACCUGGUAGCUGUUUGUUUACAUCUAUAUCUCGUUUCUCAUGAUGAUGCUAUGGAGUUUCUGAAAUCCUUCAUUAUGAGUUUACAACAAUUUUGUUAUUAACUAAGAGGUCUGUCGUGGAACAAAGCCUGGAGAUGUUAUAGGAUGAUGGUGUAUUAAACACAAGAUGAA